AAGCAUUAUUAUUUCAUCAUAUGUAGUAAAAUUUACGUGGAGAAGUACAUAUAUGAAGUGGUGGGAAAUGAUGAGCUCAAAGGUUGAGAAACAGACACAGAAUCUGGGGGAGAGAGCGAAGAGGAUGCCGGGGUUAACGUGGGAGAGGUUUGUGAGUGUGGGACGGGAAGAUCCCCGGAGAUUAAUUCACGCCGUCAAAGUUGGGAUAUCAUUAACGUUGGUGUCUCUGCUGUAUCUAUUGGAGCCAUUGUUCAAGGAAGUGGGUCAGAACGCCAUUUGGGCUGUCAUGACCGUGGUUGUCGUCCUAGAAUUCACCGCCGGAGCAAUAACAACAUACAUGAGAUUUUUUCCGUACAUAAGGAAACAUUACGACUAUGGUUUGGUGAUAUUCAUGUUGACCUUCAACUUGAUCACGGUUUCGAGUUAUCGGGUGGAGCACAUACUCAAAAUGGCCCAACAACGGGUCUACACUAUAGCCAUUGGGUGUGCAAUCUGUUUGCUAAUGAGUUUAUUGUUCUUUCCAAAUUGGUCUGGAGAAGACCUCCAUCAUUCCACUGUUAGCAAGUUUGAUGGCCUCGCCAAAUCCAUUGAAGAUUGUGUAAAAGGGUAUUUUAGCGACGGAGAGCUAGAAAUAGGCAAAACAGAAGCACUGGAUUCGGAGGACCCAAUCGGCAAGAGCUACAAAGCUGUUUUGGAUUCAAAGUCCAUAGACGAGAACCUUAUAAUAUCAGAAAUGUCAGACGUGGAAAUCCCGUUUUUUGGUAAUUCCUUCUCUCUGCUGUAUCUAUUGGAGCCAUUGUUCAAGGAAGCGGGUCAGAACGCCAUUUGGGCUGUCAUGACCGUUGUUGUCGUCCUAGAAUUCACCGCCGGUAAAUACUCUCUCCGACUUCUCCGUCCCUUUAAGAUUAUCUCGUUUUUUUCAUUUUUAGGAAAUCACAUCAAGAUUGUCUCAUAUCAAAUUUGUUAAAAUUUGUGUUAUUCUAAAUUAUUUUCAUUUUAUUUUACUUCAUCGAUUAAAUAUCAACUACAUAAAUUCAAUUUUCUUAAUAACUGUGUGACUCUCUCGUGUCCCGGUGUUAGUGGGAUAGAGGUAGUAUACCAUACCGUACAUGCUCAUACACAUACUCCAAUAGUACAAUAUACUUCGUAUAUCUUUGUUUCAAAUCUUUUUUCUGGACAAUUUGAGAUAAGAUUAUUUAUUGUGUAGAGAAUCACUCAAAUAGGACUAGAGCACUGGGAUUAUAAUGAAAAUAUGCACGAAACCAUGAUUUUUCCAUAUUAUCUAGUAGCAGUAAAAUUGAGAGUCACCAUGUUUUUACUUUGAUUGAAUUUGUUGGUAUGAUUCUGGUCUGAUCUGGUUUUGGUCUGAUAAAUGUCUAAUCUCUGUGUAUUUUAUAACUAUUUAAAUCUGGUCUGGUUGUGAUUUGAUUUAUUUAAGUCCGGUCUGAUCAUGAUAUGUCUGGGACUAAAAAUAGUCCAAGUAAAAACACACUAAACAUCAGAAAUGCACUUAGCUUGUUAUAAAACGUGAAUUAUCUUUUGACCCUAUGAUUAAGUCUUGUGAAACAAGAACGCCGUCAUUAUAACAUUAUACUUAAAUUAUCAAUUCAUGAUAUCGUCAUCAAGUCAGAUUGUCAUCAUCAUAUCAAAUUCAUCACCAAGCAAUAAUGACAUCACAAAAUGGUGACACAAAACAAAUGUCAUCUUGAUGGACACUUUAUUGGAAAUAUUGACUUACAGAAAAUACAUUUUAUUGGCAUUUUAUCUACUUUCAAAAAAUAUGCCACCUUGAGUCUCAUAAAAUUUGCAUCUUGAUUGAUGGAUCAAACAAAUCAAUCUACAAAAAAUAUUGUCGAUCUCGAGUGCAUCACAUGAACUAACAUGCCUAGGGUUAUGCUAGAUGCAUGGGCGAAGCUAGGGGUGGGCCAACCUAGGCCCUGGCCCACCACAAAUUUUAAAAAUACCUUAUUGUUUAGUGUAAAAUAUCGUCGUGGCUCUUCAUGGUUGUUUACAAACUGAAAUUCAGGUAAUGAAUAUCUAAAGUUCCAUUUUUAUAGGGUUAAAUACAUUGAAUAAUCUCAUAGUCUCAUAUGACUCAGUAAAUGGUUAUGGCGCAGUUUUAAAAUUGAGUAGUCUUUAUAUAUUGUUAAAGAUAUUUCAUUCAUUUUGGUUCUAGGUAUGUUAAUUAAUCAACACUUUUGUGGUUAAAUGAAAUAUGUUAUAGACUCCUCAAUCUCUUCGUUGUCUCUUCAAACACCCGUGCAUUCGCCUCGCGGGAGAAGUAUCAAAAGCUUUGAGGAAACUCGGUGACAGCAUUCGCAACUGUCGACAGUGCUCGCCAGAAAUCCUCUCCGACCACCUCCACAAAGCCCUUCAAGACCUCCACUCAGCCAUAAAGUCCCAACCACGACUCUUCCUCGGCAGUCGGAGCAACACCUCUAACAUGCUGGCCAUGGCUGCAGCUGCAGCGAGGGAGCAAAACAAGCUGUCGCUUUCCAGCGUGAAGACGGACACAUCGGCACUAAUGGAGUGGAAGUCGAGAAAGGGAAGCUCAAGGGGGAGAGAAGAGGAGAGGAAGACAUUAAGACCUACGCUGAGCAAGAUAGCAAUCACUUCGUUGAACUUCUCGGAGGCACUGCCAUUCGCGGCGUUUGCGUCGUUGUUGGUGGAGCUGGUGGCAAGGCUGGAGAGUGUGAUUGAGGAUGUGGAGGAGUUGGGGAAGAUAGCGCAUUUCAAGGAGUUUGACGGUUGUGAUGGGGUGAUCAUGAUUAAUAAUAAUGAUGAUGAUGCUGCAAGGAAAAAGCCCAAGAAAAAGGCCAUUGAGGGUCUUGAUAACCCUUUGCAAAACCAGUUACCCUCUCAAGCAAUGUAGCCUACAUAUAUAUGCUUAUUUCCUUGCUUCUUUGUAGUAUACUCUCAAUAAUCAAUAUUAGUAUGAUAUUAUUGUUCAUUGUUAUAAAUGUCAUAUUGCACUAAUCUUCGCAGAAUGAUACUUCGUUAUUAAAUAAAAAACUUUUAUGUAUUUAUAAAUUGUAAGACUUGCUUUUAUUCCGCAAUUAUGCAAUUAGGCUUGAGACACAUUUUAUAUUCUCAUAAUUAUCAUCAAUUUUCUUGGCAUCAAUUACUGCUCGUGGUUUGUGGUUACUUGUUAUUAUUGUUAAUUAAUAUAGGUACUAUUAAUUUUAGGUGAGAACUCCGGU